UCACUUUCACUUAAAGGAAGGAGUCAUUGAUUUGGUCGAGACGGUGCACACAGAACGAUUUUUUUUUUUUUUAAAAAAGACAGAAAAUAAGUACAAAGACGAAACACAGAAAAACGUUUUAGGAAACCAUGGCGUUUAAGUACCCGGCUGCCCGAAGAGAUGAGAGUAAGGUGGAUGACUACCAUGGAACUAAGAUCUGUGAUCCCUAUGCAUGGCUGGAAGACCCUGACAGCCCAGAAACAAUGGCCUUCGUUGAGGAGCAGAACAAACUGACCAUGCCCUACCUGGAAAAGUGUGCAGUGCGGGCUCAGUUCCACCAGCGUCUCACCGAGCUCUAUGACUACCCCAAAUAUAGCUGCCCUUACAAAAGGGGGAAGAGGUAUUUCUACUUUCACAACAAAGGCCUUCAGAACCAGGACAUGCUGUACGUGCAAGACUCUCUGGAUGCAACUGCCACGGUGUUCUUUGAUCCCAAUACCCUAUCCGAAGACGGCACGGUGGCGCUGAAGAUGGCAAGACUGUCAGAAGAGUGUGAAUACUUCGCCUACGGUCUGAGCAGCAGCGGCUCAGACUGGGUGACGGUGCGUUUCAUGAAGGCCGACGAUCUGACUCUACUGCCUGACGUGCUGGAAAGGGUUAAAUUCAGCUGCCUGGCCUGGACUCAUGACGGAAAGGGCAUCUUUUACAACAGCUACCCGCGCCAGGAAGGCAAAACCGAUGGCACGGAGACCACCUGCAACAUCAAUCAGAAGCUCUACUACCACGUUAUCGGCACCAAGCAGUCAGAAGACAUUCUGGUUGCAGAGUUCCCAGAUCAUCCCAAGUGGCACAGUUCAGCGACGAUAUCAGACGAUGGCAGGUACGUCGUGUUGUCCAUCACCGAAGGCUGUGAGCCCGUCAACCAGCUGUGGUACUGUGACCUUCAGCAGCUCCCCGAUGGCAUCAAGGGCCUGCUGCCGUGGGUCAAACUUGUGGACAACUUCGACGCCCAGUACUCUUACAUCACCAACGAGGGGACCGUGUUCACCUUCCGCUCCAACCUGGAUGCCCCUCGCUACUGCCUCCUCAACAUUGACAUCCAGAAACCAGGCAGGGAGCACUGGACUACCCUCAUACCACAGCACGAGAAGGACGUCCUGGGCUUCGUCUCCUGUGUGAACCAGCACCACCUGCUGGUCAACUACGUGCACGACGUGAAGGACAUCCUGCAGGUGUAUGAGCUGACCACGGGCCGGCUCGUCAGGGACCUGCCGCUGGACGUCGGCACAGUGUCCGGAGUGAGCUGCAAGAAGAAGCACUCGGACUUCUUCUACAAGUUCACCUCCUUCACCACACCGGGCAUCAUUUACUACUGUGACCUGAGCGAGGCCAACCCAGAGCCCAGGGUGUUCAGGGAGGUGGAGGUAAAAGGCAUCAAGCAAGAGGACUAUCAGACGAGCCAGGUGUUCUACCCGAGUAAAGAUGGAACCAAGAUCCCCAUGUUCUUGGUUCAUGCCAAGGGCCUAAAGAACGAUGGGACUCAUCCUGUUUUCCUCUACGGAUAUGGAGGCUUUGAGAAUUCUAUACAGCCAUACUAUAACUCUGCCUAUCUGCUUUUUGUGAGACACCUAGGAGGGAUCCUGGCGGUGGCCAACAUCAGAGGGGGCGGAGAGUACGGCCUCACCUGGCACAAAGGCGGCUGUUUGGGGAACAAACAGAACUGCUUCGAUGACUUCCAGUGCGCCGCUGAGUACCUGAUCCAGGAGAAGUACACCACAGCCAGCCGCAUCGCUAUCAAUGGAGGCUCUAAUGGAGGGCUGCUAGUGGCCGCUUGCCUGAACCAACGUCCGGACCUGUUCGGCUGCGUCGUAGCCGAAGUCGGGGUGAUGGACAUGCUGAAGUUCCACAAGUUCACCAUUGGCCACGCCUGGACCACCGACUACGGCUGUUCUGACGACCCGGAGCAGUUCAAGUGGCUCAUCAAGUACUCUCCUCUGCACAAUCUGCCUCAGCCACCUUACACCGGCCCUCCCUACCCCGCCGUGCUGCUUCUGACGGCCGAUCACGACGACCGCGUGGUGCCUCUGCACACCCUGAAGUACUGCGCCGCCCUGCAGCACGGAGUCGGCAGCAGUCCCAAGCAGAGCCAGCCCCUCAUGGUCAGGGUGGACACCCGCAGCGGGCACGGUGCGGGGAAACCCACCGCCAAGGCCAUCUUGGAGGACACGCACAUCUUUUCCUUUAUCGCCGAGACGCUCGGGCUGAGCUGGAAGGAGUGAGUGAGGAGGGAGGCGGAGUGUUUACGCCCUGGGAGAUUUUUUGAGUGAUUUCUUCUUUUUAUUUCGCACGGUUAUAAAUGCAGAAUGUCAUAAGGAAAAAAAUAAUAAGCACAGAUCGUACACUGAAAAACUCAUUACACUUUUAACUCCCAAUCAUUUAAUGCACAGACAGGUUAAAAUUGUGUGUUCUUAAUGCAAGUAAGAAGAAAUAAACUGAAAUGGAUGAAAGAAUUUUCAAUAAAUUCUCUAUUUCUACUUUGA